ACAGGUGGACAGCCAGACAUGCUGCCUGUGCUUGUGCUUCUCUGUGUGUCUGGAGGAGUUUGGGGGUCCGCCCCCGGAGUGUGGGGGUACGGACGGAUCCAGGACAAACAGGGGCCGGCGGCAGCGCUGUGCCCAUCUCCGUGCCAGUGUGAAGAAGAUGGGAUCUUUGUCAUGGUGGACUGCUCGGAAUUGGGACUAUCGUCCGUGCCGACCAACCUCAGCCCUCUCACCACUUACCUGGAUCUCAGCAUGAACAACAUCAGUGAGAUCCAGCCCAGAGCCUUCCACCGGCUGCACCUGUUAUCAGAACUGCGUAUCUCAGGGAAUCAGCUGAGGUAUAUCUCAGUCCACGCUCUCCAGGGUCUCCACAACCUCAAAGUUCUGAUGAUACAAAACAACCAAUUGGAGAGACUUCCGGAUGAUGCUCCAUGGGACCUACCCAAUCUACUAUCUCUGCGUCUGGAUGCUAACCUGUUGUCUGAGGUUCCUGCUGGGGCCUUUAGGGGGGUUCGCUCCCUAAGACACCUGUGGUUGGACGACAACUCCCUCACAGAGAUCCCGGGGACGGCCCUGGACUCUCUGCCCUCCCUGCAGGCCAUGACACUGGCCCUCAACCAGAUCACACACAUCCCAGAUUAUGCAUUCACCAACCUCACCGCCCUUGUCGUUCUGCAUCUCCAUAACAACCACAUCCAGAGCAUGGGUGCGAGAUGUUUUGAAGGUUUGCACAGUCUGGAGACACUGGAUUUAAACUACAAUGACCUGCAGGAGUUCCCUGUGGCCAUCAGGACACUGAGUAAGCUUCAGGAACUGGGCUUUCAUAACAACAAUAUCAAAGCCAUCCCUGAGAGGGCUUUCGUGGGAAACCCUCAUCUUCAAACCAUUCAUUUCUAUGAAAACCCCAUCCAGUUUGUGGGGAAGUCUGCUUUCCAGUUCUUACCUAAGUUGCACACACUUUCUCUUAAUGGGGCAACCCAGAUUCAAGAGUUUCCUGAUUUGAAAGGAACGACCAGCCUGGAAAUUUUGACGCUGACUCGGGCCGGUCUCUCAGUUCUCCCUUUGGAUCUGUGUGAGCAGCUGCCUCGCCUCAGAGUGUUGGAGCUGUCUUACAACCAGAUUGAAGAUCUGCCCAGUUUUUACCACUGCUCUGCACUGCAAGAGAUAGGGCUUCAGCAUAACCAAAUCAAGAGGAUAGAGUCAAGCACCUUCCAGCAGCUCACCUCUCUCAGAGCACUUGAUCUGAGCUGUAAUGUGAUCGAGUGGAUCCACCUGGAUGCCUUUGCCUCACUUCACUCGUUGAUCAAACUGGACCUGACGGAGAACCGUCUCAGCUCAGUGCCUGUUGCAGGUUUAGGGGGUCUCACCCAUCUCAAGCUGAGGGGGAACACGGAACUAUAUGAGUCCUUCAGUCCUGAUUACUUCCCCCGCAUGAGGGUAAUAGAGAUGCCUUAUGCCUACCAGUGCUGCGUGUAUGGUUCCUGUGACAGCUACAAGCCAGCCGGCCAAUGGGACACAGAGCAGAGCAACCCUGACGAGGACAUACACAGGAGGACCGUGGCUAUGUACCCUAUCCACGCUGACACGCACUAUGACCCUGACCUGGAGGAGUUCCAACUGGAAAUAGAGGAAUCCAAACUACAAACCAGUGUCCAAUGCACACCAACUCCAGGUCCUUUCCGCCCUUGUGACUCUCUGUUGGGCAGCUGGCUGGUCCGUGUGGGCUUGUGGUCCAUCUCCUUGGUGUCUCUUCUGGGGAACUCCCUGCUGCUGCUCUCCCUCUUCGGCUCACCCAGCUACCUGUCACCGCUCCGCUUCACUGUGGCCUGCAUGGGGGCUUCCAACCUGCUCACGGGUGUGUGCACAUGCACUCUGGCCCUUGUGGAUGCUUUAACCUUGGGAGAGUUUGGUCACCACGGUGCCCGCUGGGAGGGGGGUCCUGGCUGCCAGGCAACGGGAUGGGUCUGGGUGUUUGCGUCUCAAGCAAGCGUGUUGCUGCUGACUCUGGCAGCUGUGCAGUGUGGCGUGAGCGUGACAUGUGCCCGUGCGUAUGGGAAGUCCCCAUCCCUUGGGAGUGUGCGCACAUGUGCACUUUUCUGCCUAACUCUCUCCCUCACUCUUGCAUCUCUCCCACUGGUAGGAGUUGGGGAGUACGGGUCCUCUCCUUUCUGCCUUCCCUCCCCUCUGCCACCCCCGUCCUCUCGACUACCAUCCUCCCUGGGCUUUCCCUUGACGCUUAUUAUGAUGAACACCCUGUGCUUGCUCAUAGUCACAGGCUCAUACAUUCGCCUUUACUGGGAGUUACUUAGGGGAGAGUGUGAGGGCUUAUGGGACUGUGCUAUGAUUAAACACGUUGCCUGGCUGAUAUUUACUAACGGCCUCCUAUAUGUACCCGUAGCUUUUCUCUCCCUCUGCUCCCUGCUGGGUCUCUUAUCGCUUGGCGAAGAAGUACUAAAAUCAGUUCUCCUGCUUCUCCAGCCCCUGCCUGCCUGCCUCAACCCCCUCCUCUUUCUACUUUUCACACGAGACCACACCCAGUUCUUCUUUUGGCCUCACCCUAAAGCGCGUCCACAGCUACGCCGGGACCCCACACUGGACUCGCUGGUUUCUGUGGAGACAGAAAAAAGCUCCUGCUCCGAUUCGUCCUCACGGGUGUCACUUGCUGACGCUGACGCCCUUUACAGUGGAGGGUCCUCUCUCGAACCACAACUGGAUCGAAUCAGGUUCUCCCACUGCUCCACUACUUCCUCUGUUCCUCUAAUUCCUUGCCAGAUUCCCACAGCCAGAGAUAGAGACAGGGUGACAGGAGGGAGCCUAAACGAUGAGGAAUGCCUCAAGAGUUUAGAUCAAGAUGUGAUUCAUAACACUUGCCCCCUGUAUCACUCAUCCAUGAGUGCCUCUCUUGCUUCUCAUCCGUGAGCCUCCAAGCUAGCUGGGACACUAUGGAGACAAAAAGGACCACCAUUGGACAGCAAGACCCUCUCUGGGUUAUCAAUCAUCAAGAACCUCAGCAUGUGUCCGUAGAGACUGUAGAGUACUCUAGAGACGUCUUUGAGAACACAACACAGUGCCUCUGAAAAUGGAGAGUGCAACUAAAGGUUCCCUUCAAAGUAAAGACGAUUAAAAGGAAACACCCCACGACAACAUGUCUGUUCAAAUAAAAGGACAAUUUCAGACACUCCCCAGUGGACUGCUUGAGUCAUGGACUUGCAUGACAAAAAGAAAGCUCAAACAAAAGCUGUUAACUACAUGGAAAAUCUACGCAUCAGACAAAUCAAUGGCUAAGCCAGAGGGAAUUAAGGUAGAGCCAGUAGAAAUGUAAGUGUACAUGUUGUUUUCUGAAAUGUGAUCAUGAGACAUGCAGCUUAGAGGUUACAGAUUGGUUGGUGGUAUUUUAAAUAUAAGUUCUAUGCUAUUGCUAAGGUCUGCUUCAAAGAAAGGGAGUCACAACAGGAUUUUUUUUAACCAGACUAAGCUACUGUUUUUCAUUCAUAGAAAUGUUAGUCAGAUAUUUCUUUGCAACUGUGUAAUAGCCGUUAUGAGAAUGUUAUUUCUUUUGUGGGAGCAAAAUGCAAAAGCUUCAUACGGUUUCCAUGAUUCUCUCAAAUAUGCAAAUGUGCCCAAUAUGAGGCAAGCAGUUAUACAGACUGAAUGGAAUGUAGCUAUCUUUCUACAGAGUAGGCUAGAAAUAUGUACAUACAAAGUAACUACCUCUGAACUAGCAUGGUAUUGACUCACGUUUGUCUCCCUUUUUAUAUGACAAACAGCAAAUAUAUAAUUUUAUAUAUUAAGAAAUAAAUCCUUAGUUUGUAAAAAAACAAAAAACUUGCUAUUUAGGAUGUACAUACUUUUUAUACAACUGGUAUGCAUAUGUUUGAAUAAAAUAAUUAUCUUCAUACUGUA